UCACAAACCGUGAGAUCAUGACUUGAGCCGAAGUUGGUCGCUUUACCCACUGAGCCACCCACGUGCCCCUUUUUAAGUCUUAAUUGAAAAAAGUGUUUAUAGUAUUGUUAGUUAUUUUUGAAAUUUUUCUAAUUCAUUUCUUCCCUGUAUAUAUCAGUCAUACAACGACUUUUGGUUCCUUGUGAAAAACUCUAGGCACGUUAAGCGAGAUCAACCCAUGGGGAUAACGUGUUUGUGGAGCGUUCUGUGGCACAGGAAGUCCUGGUUCACCUAUAUUCAGAAGUUAUAAUUAUUCUUGUUUGUACUGUAUUCUAGGUCUGUACUAGCACUGUCGUUAUCCAGCUUCCUGCUGUUCUUUGAGUACUUUAUUUUUUUCUUUCAGAAAUGCAGUCAUUAUUUUUUUAGUGGACUAAGAAAAAUCGUUUCUUUUCCUUCACAGGGUUCGGAUUUUUUAAGGUCCACUAGCAGUUUGCACGCCCCAGUAUUAGCAUUCAUGUUUGCCCGGCGCUGCGGCUUAUCAGGCACCCCACAUGUUGGUUAGAUGGGGGGUAGAGAUGUUGUGGGCUGGCGACAGGCAGGAGGCCCCACACUAACGUUCCCCUGUUCCGUUCAAAGGUUUCUAGAGCAUAACUGCUUUUCCUGUGUCAUCUACCACGUCUGCUGCCUACCCUCUUCUCUAGUAUUUUCAGUGAUUUUCAUAAGCAGAUGCCUAGAAUUACUGUAUGUUUUACCACAGUAUUUUCAGGUUUGUGAUUUCCUUAUCAUUUUCAGACAGUAUGAAAAUAGGCAUAAUGAUGUAUGGGAGUGAAUACCUCUGUUUCCUAAAUAUUCUUUUAGAAGAAGUCUGGAAAUGAUGUGUUCCUCCUCUGCCCCCAGUGCCCAUUCUGCUAGUUUGGGAGCACUUUUGUUUCUUAGAAUCUGGCUCAUCUUUCUGUUUAAUGUCAAAUUAGAAGUACGGUGGUUGAUUUUUGUUCAUUUAGUGUGAUUGGUAUAAGUCCCACAUUUUGAGCACUUCUUGUAAAAUUGCUUAUUUUUCUCUAUAAUUGUAGAGUGUGACAUAUUCUCUUCGGUUUGCUUGGUUCCCUUCUAACACAGUGGUUCUUAACUGAAGCAUCAUAUUAGAACUCCCUGAAGAGCUUUUUAAAACAGGAUCUGAGCCUCACAGCAGUUCUCUUUGGGUCGGUAUGGAGUAGGAGGCAGGCAUUGAGCGUUUUACAGUACAGUCAGUGCUGAGAGCUCCUAUUCCAUGACAAAAUGAUGUCUGCAAACAUGCUUUCUCUGGACUAUAAAAUGUUACACCUCCACUAUCGUGUGAAAGUACCAUUAAAAAAUUAAAAUUAUUGUAUAAAGUCUGUUAUCACUUGGCACUUUGAAUAUAUCUGCUUUUAUCUUUGUAUUUAUAGCCAUGAGUAAGUAUCUCAAAAAAGCUGUACACGUUCCUCUGCCGACUUUUCUGUCUCUUUGUCUUAAUUAUAAUUGAUAAUAAAGUCACAGUGGUAGGAACCACAGAGAAAAUAUAUAAGCCUGUUUAUUUUCUGCAGAAACAGAUGUCUUACACCUUAUGUCUUUUUUUUUAUUAAAGAUUCACACAGCCUGAGAGAAGGAAAAGCUGUGUAUUGAAGGACUUCGUCUGUCGUCCGGCUACCGUAGAUCUGAGAGUCCAGUCUCAUACAGUAGAUAUGCUUUAAUAAAUAAGAAGCCACCAUGGACACAGGGAGCCACAGCCUUGUCCUCCUGCAGCAGCUGAACAUGCAGCGGGAGUUUGGUUUUCUGUGUGACUGCACAGUUGCUAUUGGAGAUGUUUACUUCAAAGCCCACAGAGCAGUGCUGGCUGCUUUUUCUAACUAUUUCAAGAUGAUAUUUAUUCACCAAACAAGCGAAUGCAUAAAGAUACAACCAACGGAUAUCCAACCUGACAUAUUCAGCUACUUGCUGCACAUCAUGUACACGGGGAAAGGACCAAAACAGAUUGUGGAUCAUAGUCGUCUGGAGGAAGGGAUUCGAUUUCUUCACGCCGACUACCUUUCUCACAUUGCAACCGAAAUGAAUCAAGUGUUCUCACCAGAGGCUGUGCAGUCCUCAAAUCUGUAUGGCAUUCAGAUCUCAACAACCCAAAAAACAGCUGUCAAAUCAGGGCUGGAGGUCAAAGAAGCUCCAUCCGGGAACGGUGGCAACAGGGCUGCCAUGCAGGCAGACCACCCGCAGCUGCAGCUCUCUCUCGCCAUUGGGCUGGAUGACGGCACAGAUCCACAGAGGGCCCGGCCUGCCACCCAGGCCGCGGAGGAGUGCCAGAAGCCGCCGGUGUCCAUCAAGCAGGAGAGAUGUGACCCGGACUCUGUGAUCUCCCAGAGCCACCCCUCACCCUCAGCAGAGGUGGCAGGCCCCACUUUCACUGAAAGUGGUAUCAAAAUACACUUAUGCCAUUACUGUGGCGAACGCUUUGAUUCCCGAGGUAACUUAAGACAACACCUCCACACCCAUGUGUCCGGAUCCCUGCCAUUCGGCGUCCCUGCUUCCAUUCUGGAAAGCAACGACCUUGGUGAAGUGCAUCCACUUAAUGAGAACAGUGAGGCUCUUGCGAGCCGCAGGGUGGGCUCCAUCGUUGUCAAGGAGAACGAGCAGCAGCCUGACCCUUCAAACCAGCGUACCGCCGAGCCUCUGCAGAUCAGCCAAGUGUCUUUGAUCUCCAAAGACACCGAGCCAGUAGAAUUAAACUGUAAUUUUUCUUUUUCAAGGAAAAGAAAAAUCAGCUGUUCCAUCUGUGGUCAUAAAUUUCUCCGAAAAAGCCAACUGCUGGAACACAUGUAUAUACACAAAGGUAAAUCUUCCAGGUAUAACCGAUGCCAAAGGUUCGGUAACGCAGUAGCCCAGAGAUUUCAGCCGUACUGUGACAGCUGGUCCGAUGUCCCCCUGAGAAGUUCUUGUUUGUCGCAAGAACAGUUAGAGUCAUCCUGUGCCUUAGAGUCAGAGCUCACACAAGGAAGUGUGGACACUAUCCUUGUGGAGUAGCAGUUUCUCCUCCAUAAUUUUUAUAUCAAUUCUGAAAAAGAAAAUUCACGUGCAGUUUUUGAUUCAUAAACUCUUUUCCUCCUCCAA